AUGGCGUUUUCAAGAAUCCUGGCCUCAACUUUAGGCCUGCUUGUCCUGAUUUCUCUGACCAGUGGACAGACCGAUAUAAAUAAACCCAUACCAGCGUGCAAUAGCAAUGACGUGGCAGCUGGGAUCUACACCUUGCCCCACCCCAGCUACCCCCAGGUGUUCAUUCGGUGCUCAAAUAACAACCAAGUGAUGCAAUCCUGUGCUGACGGAACCCUGUACGACCUCAGGAUCAACCAAUGCAAUCACGUAUUUCAGGCUGUAAACCCCGCUGCUGCCUGUUCACCAAGCAGCAACACAGUGGGCAAGACUUACCCAGGCACCUGUUGUGAGAACUAUUACCGUUGCAACGGG